AGGCGCGGCGUCGCGGACCGACGACCGAUCGAGGCCGGGCGAUUGGCGCAGGCGGCGGCCAAUCGAGGUCGGGCUAUUGUGGGCGGUACCACGCCGUGAGGAGAUGAGGUGGUGGAGGCCGCUUCGGGGCUUCAUGUCGACCACUCCGUAGCCACGCUCCGCCGCAUUCAUCACCAUAUGUGGCCACGCAGCUGGUGGCCGCGGUGGCAAGCACCGUCGCAUGCGAGGAUGGAGGUCCCCGCUGGUCAAAACAGAGCACCAUCUGCUGUUGUUGACUGGCGUCGAGUCGACCUCGUCGAGGAUGAUGCCCAAGAGCAUGCAUCGCAUGCCAACACAUGCUCAGACGGCGUCCCCGCAGCUCUUGGCACCGAUGAUGUCCAGGAACGGUUGCCAACGCCUUGGUCGGUGGUCGCUGGAGACGCUGAAAAGAAAAAGAAAAACAAGUUCGAAGGUAUCCUUGUGCCCCAUCUCCAUCCAACGGAAAAGGCCACGGACGACGCGCUUUUGCGAGCCACGGUUGCCGCGCCGGGCGCAGGGAGGAAAAUGUCGAGGCCGGGCGGCCACAGGCACGGCCAGGCGUGGACAGACGGGGCCGGCCACAGUCGGGCGCGGACGGCGAGGCCACGGCAUGGGCGGACGGGGAGGACGAGGAGGCGCUGGACCUCGCGACGGAUCUCUCCUUAGUGGCCUAUCUCUCGCUAGAGAACGAAAGUGAUGAUAAAGUGUUAGAGUAAACCGAGAUUGAAAGAAAGUGAAUGGACGAUUAGCUCUGUUUCUAUUGAUUUUCAAAUAUAUAUACAUCUGGAAGAGGUGCGAAGAA